AUGGCCUCGUACCAGCGCGUGCCCUCGCGUCCCGAGGACGUCAACGAAGUCGACGAGCACGACCUGCUCACCCUCGACAAUCCCCACACCGCCUCAACAAUGGCAGAGUUCAACCGCCCAGCUCCCGCUUGGUGGAAGCGCGGGCUGCUCAUCUUCGCCGUCUUCUUCUUGGGCUGGAUGGCCGUCAAGCUCGGCGGUCUCACCGGAGACCGCAAGCCCAAGGUCAUCUACGCAACGCGAUACUCGGACGAGUUCAAGUACCGCCCCGCCGCGUCGCCCGUCAUCACCGAAUACCUCAAGGACGGGCGGAUACGUCUUCGCGGCGCGACACCUGGCGGCGUGGGCAUUCGUCCGGGCGACCUGCCCCUGACACCGGCUGAGAAGGCCCUGCAGCAGAAGAAGAUGGCAGAGGAGGCCAAGAAGGUUGCGCAGGAGAAGCUCAAGGAGGACAGGCAGAAGAGGAGGGAGGCGGCACGGAAGAAGAAGCAGAGCAGGGAGAAGAGGAAGAGCAGCAAGGCCAAGGACGAGAUGUAA